AUGACCACAGCCCCCAUCAGCGACUCGAACGGUACCGCCAACGGCACCGCCGGCCUCGAGAAGAAGUUCGCCAGCGUCUCGCUCAACGCCGGACGUCCCGCCUACGUUCCCCCUUACCUCCGCGCCCGCCAGGCCGCCGAGCCUGUCAAGGCCGCCCCUGCGCCCGCCGCCUUCAACGGCGCCGCGCCCACCCCUACCCCCGCUGGCAACGGCUACCGCCCGUCGCCUACCGGCCUCCCCACUCCCGCUCCUACCCCCGUCCCCGCUCGCGGCUCCUACGUUCCCCCCGUCCGUGCCGCUGGCUCGGACGACGGUGGCUGGGGCGCUGGUCCCCGCCGCGCUGCCGGUGGCGGUGGUGGUGACCGCUCGUUCGAGCGCGGCACCGCUCCCGGUGUCGGCGCCUGGCGCGAUGGCAAGCACGUCCCUGGUGCUCGCAACCCCCGUCUCGAGAAGGAGCUCUACGGCGAGGAGGGUGACGGCUCUCACCAGUCGACCGGUAUUAACUUUGACAAGUAUGCCGACAUCCCUGUUGAGGCUACCGGUGCCGGUGCUCCCGAGCCCGUGACCGAGUUCAAGGCCCCCAUCGACCCCGUUCUCCUCGAGAACAUUGCCUACUCGCGCUACACCACCCCCACCCCCGUCCAGAAGUACUCGAUCCCCAUUAUCGCUCUCGGCCGUGACCUCAUGGCCUGUGCCCAGACCGGUUCGGGUAAGACUGGUGGUUUCCUCUUCCCCAUCCUCUCGGCCAUGUUCACCUACGGCCCCUCGGCUCCUCCCCCCGAGAACCAGUCGUACGGCUACUCGCGCCGCAAGGCCUACCCCACUGCCCUCAUCCUUGCCCCCACUCGUGAGCUCGUCUCGCAGAUUCACGAGGAGGCCCGCAAGUUUGCCUACCGCUCGUGGGUCCGCCCCGCCGUCGUUUACGGUGGUGCCGACAUUGGCCAGCAGAUCCGCCAGCUCGACCGCGGCUGUGACCUUCUCUCGGCCACCCCUGGUCGUCUUGUCGACCUGAUCGAGCGUGGCCGCAUCUCGCUCGCCAACGUCAAGUACCUUGUCCUUGACGAGGCCGACCGCAUGCUCGACAUGGGUUUCGAGCCCCAGAUCCGCCGCAUUGUCGAGGGUGAGGACAUGCCUGGUGUCCAGGACCGCCAGACCCUCAUGUUCUCGGCCACCUUCCCCAAGGAGAUCCAGAUGCUCGCCCGCACCUUCCUCAAGGACUACAUCUUCCUUUCGGUCGGUCGUGUCGGCUCCACCUCGGAGAACAUUACCCAGCGUAUCGAGUACGUCGACGAGCACGACAAGCGUUCGCUCCUCCUCGACUUGCUCCUCGCCGAGCAGUCGGGUGGUCUCAUCCUCGUCUUCGUCGAGACCAAGCGCAUGGCCGACUCGCUUUGCGACUUCCUCUGCUCGCAGCGCCACAACGCCACCUCCAUUCACGGUGACCGUACCCAGCGCGAGCGUGAGGCCGCCCUUUACGCUUUCCGUACUGGUCGUGCCCCCAUCCUUGUCGCCACUGCCGUCGCUGCCCGUGGUCUCGACAUUCCCAACGUCACCCACGUCAUCCUUUACGACCUCCCCACCGACGUUGCCGAGUACACCCACCGUAUCGGUCGUACCGGUCGUGCCGGUAACACUGGUACCUCGACUGCCUUCUUCAACCGCACCAACCUUGCCAUUGGCCGCGACCUCAUCGAGCUUCUCAAGGAGGCCAACCAGGAGAUCCCCCAGUGGCUCGUCGACAUCUCGCAGGAGCGCUCGUUCGGCGGCGGUGGCUACGGUCGCUCGAGCGGCCGUGGCCGUGGCGGAGGCGCCCGCUCAGGCGGUGGCCGUGACGCUCGUACCGGCGGUGGCUUUGGCGGCUCGGCCGGCGGCUACUCGCGCGGCGGCGCUGGCGGCUACGGCGGUGCUGGUGGCUUCGGCGGAGGCUACGGCGGUGCCCCCGCUGGUGGCAUGGGCGGCGGCUUCGGCGGUGGUGGUUUCCCCCCCGCUGCUGGCUCGUCCGGCGCCAGCUGGUGGUAA